GGCUGAACCGCCUUUCCCGCGCAGAAUACCGCCCAAGUCUUACGCGCAUGCGUAAACAAUAUCGUUCGAUUUUUGCCAGUCUGAGUUUGAAUCUUGCCAUGCAGAGAGAAGGGAGAAGACUCGAUCUCUCCGAGAGUGGAAGAGCCUUCGUGAACAUGCAGGAGGCUGUUGCCGGAAUACUCGCCCGUGCAAGCCGAGCGUGAGCCCCUAGUGGAACGUCUCCUUGGGGUUCUCCUGUGCCGGUCCAGGAGGCAACCCCUGAUAGAUGUUGCUGUGUAAGUAACCUCGAGUGUAAGCGUGUGUAUUUACACAUGUGGUAAGUAA